UAAGCUUUAAUCUAGACUUCUUCAUGUCUGGUUUUAUUCUAGUUUUUAGUAGUUUAGCUUUGACAAAGAGAAGAGGCGUGAUGCAGAUAUUUCCACAAAGUUUGCAGAACUUUUGGUACAACUGGGAGCUUCGAUUUAUGGUUGUGUUCAGCCUCAGCAUCCAAAUCAUUCUCUUACUGUUUGGAAACAGGAGAAAGUUCUGCACACGCAUCUAUCUCAGAAUCACUAUAUGGUCUGCCUUCUUGUUUGCAGAUUGGUUUGCAGCAACCUCACUUGGUAUUCUUUCAAAUAAAGAAGGAGAAAACAAAAGUGACUCUGUGGAAUCAGGUCAUGUCAUUGUGGCAUUGUGGGGUCCAGUUCUUCUCCUUCACCUUGGUGGCCAAGAUACUGUUACUGCUUACUCAAUGGAAGACAAUGCACUUUGGAGCAGGCGUUUAGUAACUUAUGUUGGCCAAGUUGUGGUUGCAAUUUUAAUCUUUCUUAGAUCAUGGACAAACACAGAUCUUAACAUUUUGGCAAUACCAAUAUUCAUUGCUGGUUUUAUCAAAAUUGGUGAGAGAAUUUGGGUUUUGUGGUGUGCAAGUAGCCAACAAUUCAAAGAGUCUUUGUUUCCUGAUCCUGAUCCAGGGCCUAAUUAUGCAAGAUACAUGGAAACAUACAAUUCAGCUUUUUAUGAAGGGUAUGUAGUUCAUGUAGAAGGCCUCAUUGAAACUCCUUCAAAUGGUGAUGUUGAUCAUACUCAUGCAGCUUCACAAGGUAACAUAAACAUCAUCUCAUUACCGCAAACAGAUGACACAUAUGGUCCUCCGAUAACUGUAAGAACUGCAUACAAAUUCUUGAAGAUCUCUAAGCUUCUGUUUGCAGAUCUCAUCCUGAGUUUUCAAGAUGUUUCAGAAAGUAGAUCUUCUUUAUUGAGUGGAAAUGGAAAGGAAGGGUUUGAAGUGAUGGAAAUUGAGCUUGGUUUUAUGUAUGAUGUGUUCUACACAAAGGCUGUUCUUGUUUAUUCUGUGAUGGGUUGUUUCCUACGUUUUGUCACUUUUACUUGUAGUAUUAGUGUGUUAUGUUCUUUCUUUGUUAUGGAGAAGAAUCAAUAUCCAGGAGUGGAUGUGUUCAUCACAAGUGUGUUGCUUCUUGGAGCUAUUAUCUUUGAGAUAUGUUCAAUAGUUUUGGUGUUGUCCUCUGACUGGACCAUGAUGUGGUUAAGUAUGCACAAGAAUAAGGUGACUAGUAAGGUCAUUUCAUUACUUCAAUCUGUCAAGAAUAAGAGAUGGUGUUGCAGCAUUGAUCAAUUCAACCUCAUAAGUUUUUGCUUAAUGGAAGCUAUGAAAAAAAGAAACAGCAGCACCCUUGGAAAGACUUUAAGAGUAGAGUUUGGCUCCAAUUAUGGAAAAACAUUAAAAAAGAUAGUAGCAAAGUGUGGUAUUGCUCAAAUGAUUAUAGGGGUUUGUAAGUCCUAUCAGAAGUAUGAGCACACAAAUACCAAGAUUGUUACUGGUGAUUUAAAGGAAAUUAUCUUUGAGCACUUUGUGAAUAAAAUAAAUGAGGUGAUAAACUUGGAAGAAGGUGAGUUGGCAAAAAAUAUCACAAGAAUUUGUGAGCAUAGGGGCAACAAAGUUUUGGAAGGCUUAGAAUCAGAGCUAAUGUUACAGAUUAAGGAUAAGGAGAAGGUAGAAAAAAUUAUAAGGAAAUUAAGUUGGAGUGUGGAGAUAGAAUUUGAUCAAAGCAUUCUUUUAUGGCAUAUUGCAACAAAUCUAUGUUAUAAUAGUUCUAUCUCAGGUGAUGAAAUUUUGGAAAAUGGAAGAAGUUAUAGAGAAACAAGCAAAUUGUUAUCAGAAUAUAUGUUAUAUCUUCUUAUUAUGAGUCCAUCCAUGUUGCCUAAUGGAAUUGGUGAGAUAAGCUUCCAAGAUACAUGUGCUGAAGCAACUGAAUUUGUGAAGGAUAGACAUUCUAUACAACAUGAAAAGCAUGUUUAUGAAAUGCUGCACAAAUUAGUGAACAGAGAUAUUGAUAAAGUUAGUCCUUCAAAGGUGAAAGGUGAUAGAAGCAAAUCUGUCCUGUUUGAUGCAUUCAGGUUGGCUAAAAAUAUAGUGGAGAUAGAGAAUGAUAAUAAAGAAUGGAAGACGAAAAAGAUGUGGAAGUUUAUAACUCAAGUUUGGGUUGAAAUGCUAGCUUAUGCUGCUAGCCAUUGUCAGGUAAUUCAUCAUGCUCAGCAGCUAAGACAUGGUGGAGAACUGCUAACACAUGUAUGGCUUCUUAUGGCACAUCUUGGUAUAACAGAUCGACUUCAAAUCUCAAAGGGGUUUGGAAGAGCAAAGUUGAUAAAGAAGUGAAUGUAGUUUCAUUAAUGUGUCAUCCUUUCUUGUAUUAGUUUGAAUAAAUUUAUCUAGUUUUUAAUCUUUAUUUAACCAUGUUUAGCUCAAUAUGUUGAAGAGUACCGGAGGUCCUUCGAUUGUAACUUGUGUUUGUA